AUGGAUGCAGUCGUCGAUAGACUCAUGAACGGUGCGAUAUCUGGCAACGACAUGGAAAAUGAGCAACCUGGGUCUGCGUUGGCUACUUUACUUUCGACCAAGGAACUAUCCGACGAGCAGAUACGAGUUCAUGCCAAAUCACUCCUUCUAUUGGGGUUUGCAACAACUGCCAGCGGCAUCAAGGUUUGCGUCGGAUUGGAAAUGAUCCACUAUGUGGAGCUGAUACAGCCUCUGCAGUGGGCUUUGGUUGAACUCGCAAUGCGCCCCCAAGCUCAAGAUCGCCUCCGCAAGGAGCUCAUGACCUUCGCCACAACUGACCCGUCCUAUGAAGACCUGACAUCGCUUGCACUCCCAUACCUUGAUGCCGUCGUCCGCGAGGCUCUAAGACUCCAUCCAAUCCUUGGUGACUCCCCUCGUAUCGCCUUGGAAGACGAUAUACUCCCUCUUGCUUCACCCAUUCGAACGGCUUCCGGCGACCUGAUCGACAGUCUUCCUAUCCGAAAAGGCACAUCAGUCACUGUCUCAUUGUAUUACACCAACAAGGCAAAAUCAAUCUGGGGCAACGACGCCGCCGAGUUCAAGCCCGAACGAUGGUUGGAUGGCGGCCAUAUACCAGACACUGCGACGCAGUAUCCAGGCUUCCACCACACCAUGGUCUUUUCCGAUGGUCCUCGAGCGUGCUUGGGCAAGGGGUUUGCUCUGGCCGAGAUCAAGAUUGUGUUAUCGCUGCUCGUCCGCAAAUUCAUUUUUUCGCCUCGGGACGGGAAACAUACCCAAUAUGAGAAGGCAAUGUUUGGUCCCCAUCCAAAGGUCGCUGGUGAGCCUGGUGGUCGGUUACCUAUACGUGUCACACGAGUAGAGGCGUAG